AUGCGUCCCCGCCGUAACCGCAAGAACGCCGUGGUGCGUGCCUGGCAUCGUGAGAACUGGCUGGCCCCGCAGCACUUCGUUUAUCCGCUGUUCGUUCAUGAAAAGGCCGCCGUGGAACCGAUCGCCUCGAUGCCGGGGCAGUCGCGGGUGGGACUCGAGGGCCUAAAGCGCGAGGUCGAAGGCGCAAUGAGCGAAGGUGUGAAGUCCGUCGUUCUCUUUCCGGCGCUCCCCGACAAGCAGAAGACCCCCGACGGCAAGGGCGCGUACGACCCCGAUGGGAUCAUCCCGCGCUACAUUCAUGCGUUGAAGAAGGACUUCCCGGAGCUCGUUGUCUGCACGGACGUCGCGCUCGAUCCGUAUUCGAGCGACGGCCAUGACGGCUUGGUUCGAGACGGUCGGAUCCUGAACGACGAAACCGUCGACAUUCUCUGCAUGCAGGCUUGCGCGCAGGCCGACGCGGGUGCCGACGUCAUCGCACCGAGCGACAUGAUGGACGGUCGCGUGGGCGCCAUCCGCGAUGCGCUCGACGAAGCGGGGCAUAGCGACGUUUCGAUCCUCUCGUACACCGCGAAGUACGCGUCGGCGUUCUACGGUCCCUUCCGUGACGCACUCGAUAGCGCACCGAAGUUCGGCGACAAGAAGACCUACCAAAUGGAUCCCGCGAACGCUCGCGAGGCGAAGCGCGAAGCCGAGCUCGACGAAGCGGAAGGCGCGGACAUCCUGAUGGUCAAACCGGCCGGUGCGUAUCUCGACAUCAUCCGUGAUCUUCGCGAAGAGACGUCGCUUCCGAUCGCCGCGUAUCAGGUGAGUGGCGAGUACGCGAUGAUCAAAGCGGCCGCCCAAAAUGGCUGGCUCGACGAAGACAAGGUCAUGCUCGAAAGCUUGAUGGCGAUCCGGCGCUCGGGUGCCGACAUCAUCUUCACGUAUUUCGCCCGCCAGGCUUCGCGUCUGCUCAACGCUUAA